GCAGCAGCCAUCAUGUCUCGGGAUCUCAUUCACGGGGGCCCGUCGUCCGGCGUCCCGGACCCGACCCGGGCGACGAGGCCCGACCGCCGCUACUCGUUCGGGUUCGCGCUUCUGCGAGGCAAGAAGGCCAGCACCGACGAGGAGGGCACGCAGGCCAAGACCACCGAGUCGCGGGUGCAGGUGAUGCGCGGCUACGACACCGGACUCUUCCUGCCCGAGGAAGCCUGGCGCUCGGACAACAUCGACCGGCUCAACCGCACCACGCUACCCACGGACAUCACGCCGCCCUUCCGGCGCUACGAGCGGACACUGACGCUGCGCUACCUGGAGGAGGACGUGUCCACGCUGAGCAACGAGGAGUACCUCUCGUCCCAGACGCUGAUCAAGCUGCGCCUGGUGCUCGGCUGGUUGGCGCUGCUCGCCCCGCUGCCGUUGCUCAUGCAACCGGCACCGGCAUUCCACUGCCUAUACGUGGUGGUCACGACAAGCUUGCUGUGGAUCUUGCGCCCCGUGCCUCUCUGCGUGGCCGCCCUCUUUCCAGUCGUCGCCCUGCCGCUCAUCGGGGUGCUCAGCACCGACACCGUGUGCGCAUUCUACUUCAACGUGAGCAUUUCACGUCCUCUUUUGCAGCGAAAUGAACGCAAGGUGCCUGUGUUCACAAGCACACCUUGA